CAAACGUGAAGCAGACCGAGACUACUUUGUUUUCACAAUGCACAAAUCAAUCAAAACCACAAAAGGUGGUCUGAGUACGGUUCAUUUGUGGGUCCUUUUGGGGGGGUCUGAGAUCACUUGAAUGUUCACAUAUAUGCACGUUAUAUAGGCCCGAGACCGCUUUGAGUGCUCAAACGAACUAGGUGUGUAAACGCCGUUAAUGUUUCAAAAUCAAGGAAGAGUAUAUCAAACACAGACAAAAGGGUUCAGCAAAGAGGAACAGUGGUCGCAAGUCAAAGCUACUGACGAAGCUAUUGUCCGUAGCUAUGGACGAACAUAGUAAAGCUAUUAAAUGAACAUGUCCAUGAACUAGGCUCAGCAAAUCUGUGCAUUAUGAGCUUUGCAAAACCAGGGCUGCCAUUCAGAAACCUUUUGCAUCAAAUGUCAAUGCAUGAAGAAUCAUAACCUGGUGUAAAGAACUCAAAACUUAGACUCAUGAGAAAUUGGAAAUAAUUGUUCAAGACCAGAAGAUAUGUAUGCUACAAACACUUCUUCAUGAUGAUAAUCCCAGGAUGGUACUGCCCUUGUAUAAAACUGGUUUGGUGAACACUAACACAGUGGUCUCCUAAAUCACCAGGUUUAAACAUCAUUGACCCUUUUAUGGGAGUAUCUGGAAUGCAGACUCGGUAGAUGUCCGUCUCCUUUAUCUCUUAACGAACAGAGGGGUUUUCCUGGUGAAGAAUGAAGAACAUCCCAACACAAUGCACUCAGGACUUGCGUGACGGCAUUCCAAGAAUUUUUCAAGCUGUUCUGGAGUCAAAGGGCUGCAUGUAAUCCUUAUUAGGUCCUUAAAUAUUGUACUGAUUAAUAUCGUUACAAGUUUCUUUUUUUAACGACACCCUGUAUGUGUGCAUGUAUGUUGUAGCCUGAAGUGAUUUCUGACAAGAUUUCUAGGUCAUAUGUAAAUAUUUAUUAUAUUUAUUGCUGGCCGCCUCUCCUACGCUAACCUGAAUUUCUGAGAGGAUAUAACGGCAACUUAUAAUAGCUGCCUUGAGCUAACAGAACAGGAGAUCUGAAUGCAGUCAUAAAACUACUUUUCAGUGGCCAGGUACCUACUCCAACAUCUGAUGUGUGCAUGACCUUGAGUUUAUCAAUCAAAGACGCACCCUGCAAUUUGCCUUUUGCAUAAGGACUGUCCAUGCUGAGCCUGUUAUGUGCUAUAUAUUUGCAGGAGUGGGUGCUAAUUGAAGCCUGUAAGAAGUGCCUAACAGUUCUGACUCACUGCCACAGCGGUUUUACUGAUGGAGAACAACCCAUCACUCUUAGUAUGUGUGGACACUCAGUGGACAUCAUCCGCUGCUGUGUCUCACAACAGAAAGUCAGCAUUCACCUACCGGUGUCUAGAUUGCCUGCAGACAGAAGUGACUUGCAGUUUACAGUGUGUACUGAGCCCCCCAAUGGUGAUUGAGCACCCACUUCGCUGCCUGGUUCUCUGUGAACAGGUGCAUGCUGGGAUGUGGACAAGAAAUGAAACAUUAUCCAAUCAGGUCAACAACUACCACAAUGUGAAGUGUGGGCUUGAGAUGUUUGAUAAGGACCUCAUGAUGCUCCAGGUGGGGGCUUCCAUGAUGGAUCCCAACCACUUUCUGAUGAUUGUGCUCAGUCGUUUUGAGCUCUUUCAUAUCGUUAGUUCAGCCGACUGCAGGAUAAGACACAACAUCGAGAACACGGAUAAGGAUGUAGUCCAGCAGAACAGCACUUUAAUAGAAGAGAUGCUUCACCUCAUUAUAAUGGUUGUGGGUGAGUGCAGACCGUUUUGGAAGCAAAUUAAAGACUUGGAUAGGGCGUUUUAUUUGUUAUGUAUAUUUGUAAUAAUGCACAGCCAGAAAGGUAUGUGUGCCUAAUAAUUGUGUGUAUUAUUGCUAUCUGUGUGUGUCUUAAGUGAGCGGUUUACACCAGGCAUUGGGCAUGUAGAAAACUGUGAUGAACUAAAGAGAGAAAUCAUACAUCGGCUUUGUAUUCGUCCCAUGGCUCACAGUGAGCUGGUCAAGGCCUUGCCUGAAAAUAUGCUUCCUUCCUUCCUUCCAGAUGCUUUUCUACAGAGUAGACAGGAACUUGAUCCAUGCAUAUGAAUUCAGAAACUGACCUUUCCAGUUUCCUUGCUUCGUUUGAGUUUUGUCAUAUUUUCUGUGCCUUUUGUUUUAAUUUUCAGAGAGAGAGAAAGAGAGAGAGAGAGAGAGAGAGAGAGAAAGAGAGAGAGAGA